CAACAAUCACAAACAAACACAACAUAAACAAAAGAGAGUAAUAUUAAUAAGAUCAAUCUGAUAUCUUCACCACCAGACAGAAAAAGGAAAAAAAACAAUGGUCAAACUAAUCUCAGUUCUCAUCAUCUUUGUCUUCUUCUCCAUAAUUUGUACAUCGCUCCCCAAUCCACAACCCCAUGACACAUUUCGCCCUAAAUCAAUUCAGGCUGUAACUGCAAAUGCAAGAAGCUGUUCCUACACAAUUGUCAUCAGGACCAGCUGUUCUUCUUCCUCCUAUACCAGAGACCACAUCAGUCUCGCAUUCGGUGAUUCUUAUGGUCACGAGGUCUACUUGAAAAGGCUUGAUGAUCCAUCAUCAGGAACAUUCGAGAGAUGUUCAACUGAUACAUUCAAGAUAAAUGGGGCAUGCAUAUAUGAUAUAUGCUAUCUAUAUCUGCUUAGGACAGGAUCUGACGGUUGGAAACCUGAGACUGUGAACAUCUACGGUCCAAAUACCAAAACUGCUACCUUCAAAUUUAAUACAUUCCUUCCUAAUGGAGUGUGGUUUGGGUUUAAAACGUGUAGUCAUAUGUCCUUGUCUACCACAAUGUAGAUGAUUUUAAAUGAUUAUUAUGGUUGUAAUGUAAGAUAUUAAAUUUGGAAUAAUUGGAUUAUUGGUUCUAGUUUGUGUUUUGUUUAUGCUUGAUGCAUAAUCAAUAUUCAAAAAUAAGUAAUAUAUAUGAAUUUUAAAAUA